UACGACAUUGGUUCAGGUUCACAGCCUAAAUGAGGCUGACUAUUUAGGUGACUUUCGGGUGUUUUGUAGUACAUUUACUAUAAAAUAGUGACAUUAAUCUACCUAGGGUGUAUUCAUAAAAAAGGUCAUGUCUCGUGGUCCUGGUCCGAUUCCUAAUCGGUGGCUUUACUGUCCACGAAAAUCGGAAACUUUAAUAGCAGAUAAGUUUCUAGCAUUCAAAACACCUCUCAAGGAGGAAUUCGAAUCCCAAAUGCCUGUUGAAUGUUGUUUUUCGCCAGAUAUGCUGUUCCAGGUGAUGAAAACUUACAAGGUAAAAAUGGGACUUUGGAUUGAUCUAACUAAUACAAAUCGUUUCUAUGAUAGAAGUGAGAUUGAAAAUAACGGAUGUAAAUAUGUAAAACUUCAAUGCCGCGGUCAUGGAGAGACACCGACACAAGAGCAAACAAAUGCAUUUAUCGAAAUUGUCGAUGAAUUCAGCAAAGAACAUCCAGUAGAGAUUAUUGCAGUUCAUUGUACGCAUGGUUUCAACCGUACAGGUUUCCUCAUAGUUUCUUAUAUGGUUGAGAAAAUGGAUUGUUCUGUAGAGGCAGGUUUAGCAGCUUUUGCAAAAGCACGUCCACCUGGAAUUUACAAAGAGGAUUACAUACAAGAAUUGUUCAGGCGGUACGAAGAUGAGGAUGAUGCCAUUGCUGCUCCACCGCUACCAGAGUGGUGUACACAAUACGAUGACAAUUCUAUCAAUGGCCAUAGCUCCAAAGACCAAUCUCAUGGAACACACGAAGCAAUUGAUAGAUACAACAGUGAGUUAGGUGAUGGUUCUGUGGGAAAUGGUGUUGCUAAGUGUGGAGUAAAGCGCAAUUUAGAAGGAGAAAACAGCAACUCGGAGGACAACAAAGGAAUUAAUAAGCGAAAGAAAAUGAAGAGAGAGUUUGUUAACAAAAACGCCAAGUUUAUGGAUGGUAUUCGUGGCGUGACACAAGUGCAAGAUCAGCCCCGACUUGGCCAGUUACAGCAACUUGUGCAAAGCAUGUGUGAUUGGAAGUCUACCGGCUUUCCCGGAUGUCAGCCUGUAUCGAUGGAUAAUAAUAAUCUCAAUUUGCUUCAUCUUCAACCGUACAAGGUAUCAUGGAAGGCUGAUGGGACGCGAUACAUGAUGCUAAUCGUUAAAGCAAACGAAAUUUACUUUUUCGAUCGGGACAACUCGUGCUUUGCAGUAAAUGGUAUUAUGUUCCCACACUAUACCAAUUUGCACGAGCAUUUGACAGAUACUUUAUUAGAUGGGGAAAUGGUUAUGGACAUAGUCAAUGGUGAAAAAAAACCACGAUACUUAGUGUACGAUAUUAUUAGAUAUGCAAAUAAAGACGUUAGCAAAAAACCAUUUGAUCCGGAACGUGUUAGAUACAUCGAUCAACGAAUUAUUGCUCCACGAACAGAUGCAAUGAAGCGCGGUUUCAUCGAUCAGUCCCGGCAACCGUUCAGUAUAAGAAACAAAGCGUUCUGGCCUAUAACUCAGGCAGGUGCGCUAUUGGGACCCAAAUUUGCCAAAACACUUGCUCACGAACCAGAUGGAUUGAUAUUCCAACCGGCAAAAAAGCCGUAUGUUGCAGGAGCGUGUCCAGAAGUAUUGAAAUGGAAACCAUCAACACUGAACUCUGUCGAUUUCAAAUUAAAAAUUACAGAAGAAAGCGGUGUCGGUAUGCUACGCAAGAAGAUUGGCCUUUUAUUGGUGGGAGGCAUUGAUCAGCCUUUUGAUCAAAUCAAAUUGACGAAGGAACUGAGGGCACUCGACAAUAGAAUUAUCGAAUGUAAAUAUGAAAAUAAUGGAUGGGUUCUAAUGCGCGAACGAACCGAUAAAUCGUUCCCGAAUAGCUACAACACGGCUAUAAGCGUAUGUAACAGUAUUCGUUUUCCUGUUACCAAGGAGAUUCUUCUGAAAUUCAUCGAAACUAAAAGAUACAGAGAAGAGAACUUUCGAGUACCCCCACCACCUCCAGCGUUUCACGAGUAAUACCUGCGUUAUAAAUCGAAGCACUCAUUAAAUUUUAUGACUAAAUAA